AUGUCGGCCGGCGGCCCGUGCCCGGCGGGAGCCGGCGGCGGCCCAGGAGGCGCCUCCUGCGCCGUGGGGGUGUCCCCGGGCGGGGUGUCCAUGUUCCGGUGGCUGGAGGUGCUGGAGAAGGAGUUCGAUAAGGCCUUUGUGGAUGUGGACCUGCUUCUGGGCGAGAUCGAUCCGGACCAAGCGGACAUCACUUAUGAGGGGCGGCAGAAGAUGACCAGCCUGAGCUCCUGCUUUGCUCAGCUGUGCCACAAAGCGCAGACGGUGUCCCAGAUCAACCACAAGCUAGAGGCACAGCUGGUGGAUCUGAGGUCUGAGCUGACAGAAGCCCAAGCAGAGAAGGCUGUACUGGAGAAGGAAGUACAUGACCAGCUUUUGCACCUACACUCUGUUCAGCUUCAGCUUCAUGCGAAAACUGGCCAAAGUGUUGACUCUGGUACCAUUAAGGCAAAGUUGUCUGUCCCUUCUGUGGAGGAGCUGGAAAGAGAGCUUGAAGAGAAUAAAAAAGAAAAAGUAAAAGAAGCUCAACUUGAAGCUGAAGUGAAAUUGUUGAGAAAAGAGAAUGAGGCCCUUCGUAGGCAUAUAGCUGUCCUGCAGGCCGAAGUUUAUGGAGCAAGACUGGCUGCUAAGUACUUGGACAAGGAACUGGCAGGAAGGGUCCAGCAAAUACAGCUACUAGGACGAGAUAUGAAGGGACCUGCUCAUGAUAAACUUUGGAACCAGUUAGAAGCUGAAAUACAUUUGCAUCGUCACAAAACUGUUAUCAGAGCCUGUAGAGGACGGAAUGACUUGAAGAGACCCAUGCAAGCACCCCCAGGCCAUGAUCAAGACUCCUUAAAGAAAAGCCAAGGAGUUGGUCCAAUUAGGAAAGUGCUUCUCCUUAAAGAGGAUCAUGAAGGCCUCGGCAUUUCAAUCACAGGUGGAAAAGAGCAUGGUGUUCCAAUCCUCAUCUCUGAGAUCCAUCUAGGGCAGCCUGCUGACAGAUGUGGAGGGUUGCACGUUGGGGAUGCUAUUCUGGCAGUAAAUGGAGUUAACCUAAGGGACACAAAGCAUAAAGAAGCUGUAACCAUACUUUCCCAGCAGAGAGGAGAGAUUGAGUUUGAAGUAGUUUAUGUGGCUCCUGAAGUGGAUUCUGAUGAUGAGAAUGUCGAGUAUGAGGAUGAGAGUGGACACCGUUACCGUUUGUACCUGGAUGAGUUAGAAGCAGGUAGUAAUCCUGGUGCUAGUUGCAAAGACACAAGUGGUGAGAUCAAAGGGUUACAAGGUUAUAAUAAGAAGACAGUCACUGAUGCUCAUGAAAAUGGAGACCUUGGAACUUCAAGUGAAACUCCACUGGAGGAUAGUGCUCCAAAACUAGACGAUUUGCAUAGUCUGUAUCAUAAAAAACCAUAUUAAUUUGACUGUUUCCAGAUAAAACUGUCAGUCAAACUCUUCUGAAUUUGGGGCACCGGAGAAGGAUGAUGGUGGCAAUUGUACAAGAUCAAGGGAGGCUGUUUGUGGCCUAAAUAAAGGCAGGUACCUCAGGGCUUCAUAUGAACAAUUAUCAGUACAUAAAACCUUGUUUUCUGUGCUAUACUAUAAAUAGCAAUUGCAUGUAAAACAAUUUUGAUUUACUUGGAAUUGUAAACACCAAAAGCAUGUGUUUCCUAAAGAGUAUUACUAGGCUCUUUAAAGUACCAAAUUAAGUGCUAUUUUACUUGGCUCCUUUUUGUACUUAAUAGGACAGUGCUAACUGGAAUUUUAUUAGUAGUCUUUCAAUACAACAGAGUAUUCAUUUCAUAUAUUCCCUAACAUUAACUGUGGAAUUUCAAAUGACUUGACUGUAUUAAUGCAGAAAUUUAGUUUGACUUAUUUUGCGUAACUGAAAAAAAGUAUUUUAGGUUUAAAAAACAUGUAUUGCGUAUUCCUGAUAGCUAAGUUAGUCCUUCAUGAUCACUUAUGUAAUGAGUUGGCCCUCUAGCUUUAUUCAAUGCAGUAAAAAAUUAGUUUUCUUUAACCAACCCUUUAUCAAUCAGUGCUGCACUAGAAAUAGUUUCUGAAAAGUUCCUGUACAUUUUACUUUGGGGUUUUAAAAGAAAUCCAAAUAUGUAUACAAUGCCUAUUCCUAAUUAUGUUGAUCAGUGUACACAGUAUUGGAACAUUACAUUAUUAUUAAUAUGUAACCUUAAAUGUUUAUUUUUGGGGGAUCUAUGAAAGACAGUUUACACAUUUUUAGUUGUUCAUAAAGUUUGUCUUGUAAUAGUCAGGAAACAUUAGUAUGUCAUUCAAACAAUUAUUUUCUUUUAGUACCUGAUUUGCCAGUCAUCUGAAAAACUAAGGAAGCUAAGGUGGGCACGAUAAGGUGAAUACAUUUUGAUACAGUAAUUGUAGUGGCUUUCCUAUCAGUAUGUUUGACUAAAGCAAUUUUCAUUUGUAAUCUAUGAAUCUGCUGGUUAUCUUGUUUCAAUUAAGCAUAGAGAGCUUCAUAUUUACUGUUCUGCAGGCCAUUGGGCAAAGUCAUACUUCAUUUAAAUCGGUGAUUUUUCCUAAUGUCACUGUUUUAAAUGAUUUACAUUUAAGGGAGUAUUAAGUGGAAAAAAGCCUACACAUAAGGCCUUUAGAAUAUUAUCAGUAUCUUUAUUUCUGGUUUGCUUGCUUUCCCCAGAUGCACUAUAUUAUUUGUUCAAUGUUACAUCUAUAAAGUGUAUAUAUUUUGUGAUUUUGCUAUUUAUAAAUUUAGUGUUUUAACUUUUACUCAUUUAUGGUUUGUUUGGGUUAUUUUAUUCCUUUGUACAUCACCAUGUUAAUUCAUAACUAAAAGUGUAUUUUAUAAUAUAUAUUAUUACUGAUAUUAAAAUAUGUUGUAGCACAACAUUGCCUGUAAGCAAUCACUAGUGUUUUAAUUGUACAAGUGAAUAAACAAGUUACAUAUUAUUGUUUGCUCCUGACAGGGUAGACCACUUCCAAGAACCAUUUUUUUCCUCAUAUAUUUCUCCUAUGCCAAAUAUAUGGCCCUAUGAAUGGCUGAGUGGGAUCUGCAGACUGGAUUUUAACCAUUGCAUUUAUUCAACAACAAAAAGUGUCCAUGGUAGCAAAUCUGAAACCUUAAUUGUUGUGACAUGAAACCCUGUUAUUGUUGUUUUCUUGAAGCAUAUCCUGGUUAGAAAUGACCGUGGCGUUGUUUUUAAAGGAAUGUGCUUUAUAUACCAUGGCUGGAUCCUUUGGAAAUAUAAAGUAUAAUCUUUUGGUAUAAAAACUGAGUAAAAUGUUUUUAGAACCAUGAAUUGGACUUUUUGUGAGGUCCCCAUGUACUCUGAAAGAUUGUAUGAGACAGUUUUGAUAUAAAUUUCUUUCAAGGACUGAGAAACAGAAGAAAGUUUUCCCAAUACUUUAAAUUCCCUUCCAGGUUAUCACCCUUCCAUCCUUGUUGCUUCAUUGUUUGGAAGCAGCCUGAGAGCUCUGUUGCUUACAUGGUGCUAGCAGCUUCCUGCCAUGGGUCAGAAAAUACCUAGGUUGAAGUUAGUUUUAGGAUACAUGGCUUUUGGGGAUGAACUAGGGUUUUAAACUUUUUCCAAAGCACUGAGAAUUACUUUUUGAAUUUCACUUUACAAGACAGCAAAGACACUCUAGGAUAGUGCCACACAGACAGGGAGGGAACUGUUACAAGCCAUGACAGUAAAAAGGCCAAGGAAAAAAAUCCAUGAAGGCACAAAUAAUUGAGAACAAUUGUUCAGCAGAAUACAGAGCUGUAUGUACAUAAAUAUAUUUGCACUUAACCUCUAAAGUUAUCUUCUACGGUUUCUCUGUUAGGAAUAUGAUAUAAAUGCACACAUUUGUUUGGGGACAUAUCAUUAAAAUAAAUUUAUGAAAACCUUGUGAGCCUCGGUAAUGAAAGCCUAGCAAUUACCAGAAAUUAGUACAACCCAUUGAUGGUGCUGGAUUCUUCCCCAUGUCUGUGGACUAAUUUUGUUUCCAUAUUUAUAAACAAAAAUAUGUUGGCUCACAUGUUGUAAGUUACAAAUUAUUUAGCAUUUUUAUUAUAUAAUCUACUAUUCAUGCAUCUAGGCUUCCACAUAGGGUCAGCCUCAAGACAUAGGAUUUAUGAUAAAUGUAUCCAGCUAAGUUAAACUUAAUAUUUGUAUUAGCCUAUAAAUAAAAAGGGCAUCUUUUGUAUUAAAAUGGUAUUGAUCACAUUUUAAAGCAAUAAAUGUUUUGCUUCUUUCACAGUA